CACAAGAGGGGGCUCAACAAAGCUGAUACAGGCUCAAGUCGUCAAGCGUAUGCACCAAUAUGCAGACAUAUACACACUGGUACAGCGAAACGUCCAUUUGUAAUCUAUAAACUGUCAUAUGGUGUUGAACAGAAGCAAAAUGGUGCUUCCAAUGGUUCUAGCUGUUCAAGUUAGUGGAUUUUCAUCACCUAUUCAGGAAUAAGUGCUCCACAUCGGGUGUAAAAAAAUAGUAAAAAUAGUGAUAAACAUUGUUCUAUCAAAAUGUAUUAACCUAAAUGCAAGUUGUAUUGAUUGAAUGAUCUGUUGACAAUGGCUGAGACAAGUCCACAGCCACAGAGCUCAACUGCUCCAAGUUGCCAGAGCCCUCCACCGAACUGUGCAAUUUGCCUGGGUAACUGCAUAAAUAAAUGCUUUUCGGAUUCAUGUAUGCACCAGUUUUGCUUUAAUUGUCUUCUGGAAUGGUCAAAGGUGAAAGCUGUAUGUCCUCUAUGCAAACAGCCAUUUACUUCAAUUAUACACAAUGUUAAAUCUAACAAUGAGUAUGAUGAGCAUUUCAUCACAAAUGAUGAGAGGGCACCAAACGCAGAUGACCUUCUUGAGAAUUUUUUAACUUUGGACAGAAAUGUGGACCGACAUGGAUUCUAUUUACCAAGUCCUUUCCCAACCCCACCAAGGCAUUUCCAGUUCAGGACUACAUUCACAGUGGAUCCCCGUGGAGAGUUGGCUAUCCAACAAUUACUAUCCACACAUCCCUUAACUAAUGUAUGUGGUUAUCACAAUCAAAAUUACUACAGGCAAAGAAGAUCACAUAGGGAUGUAUCCACUUCAAAUUACAGAAGAUCCAUUUAUGAAGAUAAUAUGUGGGUUCAAGCACUGCCGGAUGUGACAGGCAGAUUUCGUGAUAUUUCGCCCCAAUUUUUCAGCGAAAAUCCAGCAGCUAGGAAUCAGUUGGUGCCAUGGCUCAAUCGAGAAUUGAAUGCUUUAUUGAACGAAAACACUCAACAUGUAAUGUACGUAGUUGAUGUGAUCCUGACCCAAAUGACCAGGCAUCACAUAAGAAGCAGGUUUUUCAAAAACCUUUUACACGAAUACCUCGGCAACAGAACGGAACACUUUAUACACGAGUUUUACAAUUUCAUGAGAUCACCGUUCGACAUGAUUGGCUACGAUAGGUACGCUUAUUAUCAGACAUCGCGACCGGACGUGUCCGUUGUCUACAUUGACGAUGAUGAAGAUUCCAGUGACGACGUUGUAUUCGUCUCCAUACCGGAUAGGUCGGAAUCUGUAGUGAUAGAAAUUCCUUCCGAUUCCAGUCGAGAUUCCGAUGUCAUCAUUAGAGAGCCCACCCCGCCAGUGGUGGUGGACUUGAUAAACACUUCAGCGUCAGAUGCUCCUACAACAAAGCCUGUACUACCAUUGAAAAUUAGAUUGAAACACAAGCGCCAAUGCAGGGAGAAACGAAAUAAGAAGGCGCAAGACUACACUAGCACCGAUUCCAGUACCUCUACAACUUCUUCUUCGGAUUCGGAGUUCAAUAGUGCUCGCAGGCGUAAAUAUAGUCAAAAAAUAUAUCGGCCACCGUUUGGUUCUACUGAAGAUUCGUCAGACGACGAACCCAUUCUGUCACGUUUGAAGAAAGUCAAUGAGCAGAGGAAACGGGAUAUCAAGAACAACGAGGGCGAGUUCCUGAGGAAACUCGAAACGAUGUACCCACCCUCGACGGACCACAAUAUGCAGAACGGCUUUAAACUAGAAGUAUGCGACUACGAACCUACUUACAAUUCGUCGAUGGUAUUCCCCAACUCGCACAAGCAGGAGCAUGGCGACAUCAAUCAACCUUCAGUGUCGGGUUACCAAACCGCUAUGGCUAGUUAUAAUAAUCUACCACCAGUUGAUUACAGCGGCGUCGUUCACAAGAAAGAGGAAAUGUGUGAUAUUAACCAACCUUCGGUCUCUGGCGAGAAUAAAGUCAUUGGAACGAUCGCAAGUGCUUACGAAAAUCCAGGUCCAAGUGGAAGCAAACCAGUCGUGGGCAUUGAGUGCAAAAGUUGGUACUCGAGACCUUCCGUGUACAGUUCGGACUAUAGCUCUGAUUGAAAUGUUUAUAUACCUAUAAGUAUGUGUGUGUAUAUAUAAAAAUAUAUUUACAUAUACAUAUUUAUGUAUAUAUUUAAAUCAGUUGGUAUAAACAAAAAGCAACACAACAUUAUUUAAAGCUCUUUGUGUAUUAUAUACUGUUAGGUUCAUCGAUUAGGCGCCAAUUAAUCAGCUUCCUUUAUUACAUUACAAUAUUUUAAAAUUAUUCUUAAGGCUAAGAUAAAUAACUAUUCGUCAACGUAUACUUACUUAUAUCUUGUACAAAAAAGAAAAACUAUAUUUAAUAUUAAUUGUAACAAUCUUAAUUGCUAAGGUUGAAAUACAUGUUUAUUUUCUAUUAUUUUCAAAAUUACUAUUUAUCUUUCGUCAAUAGAUU